AUGUUGAGCAGACUGCAAGAGCUGAAGAAGGAAGAGGAGACCCUGCUGAAGGUCAAGGCUUUGUUGCUGGACCAGCUCAACAGACUGAAGGUGGAGGAGCUGGCUCUACAGUCCAUGAUAAGCACAGAGAGGGAGGACAGCGAUGCUUCCAGCCCAGCCCAGCCUGACCUUGCAGAGAUUGCCAUGCAGGUAGACGAUGAAAGCAAAAUCAAUCAGACUGAACUUCAGCUAAACGCCUGUGCUGUGGAACAAGGCCUGGAGGAGGAACAGGAGGAAGAGGAAGAGGAGGAAGAGGACAACUGA